GCUCAGAUCUCAUCUCUCGUGAGCAUUCAGCUGUCAUGUCUGACCUUGACAAGCCGUUUUGCCUUUCUUCUUGGCAGAUCUUGUCGACGUCUGCGUGUUAGUUCAACCUUAGACCUGAAGCAUGUGAAAUGUUAAUCUGUAGCACCUUACAGCACUCUUGGGAGAAAAAGGACUCUAAUCAGAUUCGUCCAAGCUGCAGGGACACAAACUGCAACACGAAGUACUGAGCACCAAGGCGUCUUUAUAAUCAGACAUCCCGGAGGAAGGGCCUGAGAACGGUGCCAUUUCCACUCACAGGCUUUUACACUCUGAUUGACAUCCAUCAUGGACUUCAGGAGGACGCAUCAAGCUUUUAGGGAACGGUGGGAAAAGACAGAUGAUGAAAUGUGUAAAAACAGCAUGUCCUUUCACCUGCACAAUACGCUCAGGAAGAAGUUCUUCGCCAGCUACCUUUUCCUGCUGGAGCAGAUACCUUUGGUGAAACUAUAUGCCGUGACGUGCGAGUACAUCAAGGGAGAGAAGCAGUUUUAUUACAGGGCCCAAAAUUUUUAUAAAGAUGUCCCUGCAUCAGAGGAAGGAAUGAUGGGUGGUUUUGUUGAGAUCUCUGAGGUGGAUCUGGAGGGCUCCAGACAGUUCCUGAAGAAGUUUGUGGGACCAGGAAAGGCCGGUACCAAGCGGGCCCUCGAUUGCGGCUGUGGGAUUGGCCGGGUGUCGAAAGGUGUUCUGUUUCCUGUCUUUGAAACCAUGGAGAUGCUGGACAUGAUGGAGGAGUUCAUUGUCCAUGCUCAUGAGUGUUACUUGGGUGACUAUGCCGACCGUGUGGAGACGUAUUUUCUAGACAACCUGCAGGAUUUCACCCCUCCGCUCGAUAGAUAUGAUGUCAUCUGGAUGCAGUGGGUGGCUUGUCACAUGACAGAUAAAGAUCUCCUGGAGUUCUUGAUGCGAGCGAAGGAGAGCCUGAGGCCAAACGGAGUCAUUGUUAUUAAGGAUAACAUGGCACGCCAGGGCUGUCGACUGGACCCUGCUGACAGCAGCCUCAUCCGCCACCUAGACAUCAUGAAGAGCAUCAUCCAGAAGGCUGGCCUCACCAUCCUGGACACGCAAAAGCAGGAAGGCUUCCCAGACAUCAUCGUGCCUGUGUGGAUGAUCGCCAUGCAGUGAGCUGCCACUUUGUCAGUAUUUCAGGGCUGUAAAACUUUUAAAGUAAUAAGAACCUUGUAGCAUAAUUUCUCUAUCUAGCAAUUUAUAAGCUUUGCCUGUAUGGCAUCACACACAUGCUUUCUAUCAUCUGCUCAUCUGUAGGCCUAAAAUUAUUUAAUUUAAUUUAUCAUCAUCAGAACAAUGAAAUUGUCCAUUUCACUUCAAAAUAUUAAAACAUUCCUUUGUGAGUGAGGUGUGAAUAUAGACAGAAACCAGUUAUGGCCUAGGAUGUCAGUAUUAAGUACUGAAGGGCCUCUUGGUCAUUUAAUGUUUGUUAAAAUCACUGAAUAAAAAAAUAAUUAUAUUGACCUGAAUAUUGACUUUAUA